AUGGCUGCAGCGAUUGCCAGCUCCCUUAUUCGGCAGAAGAGGCAGGCAAGGGAGCGGGAGAAAUCCAACGCCUGCCGCUGCGUGAGCAGUCCGAACAAAAGCAAAGGAACAUGCGAGAAACCCAGUCGUCUUAGUGUUUUUUCAAGGGUCAAACUCUUUGGGUCUAAGAAACGCAGGAGGAGACGACCAGAGCCCCAGCUGAAGGGGAUCGUGACGAAGCUGUACAGUCGUCAGGGUUUCCAUUUGCAGCUCCAAGCAGAUGGAACCAUUGACGGAACUAAAGAAGAGGACAAUGGCUACACCAUGUUUAACCUCAUUCCGGUGGGCCUGCGAGUGGUGGCCAUCCAGGGGGUACAGACCAAGCUCUACCUGGCUAUGAACAGUGAGGGCUACCUGUACACAUCAGAACACUUCACGCCUGAAUGCAAGUUUAAAGAGUCGGUCUUUGAGAACUAUUACGUGACGUACUCUUCGAUGACCUACAGACAGCAGCAGUCGGGCAGGGGCUGGUACCUGGGCCUGAACAAAGAGGGUGAGAUUAUGAAGGGCAAUCACGUGAAGAAAAACAAGCCUGCUGCACACUUCCUCCCAAAGCCUUUGAAAGUUGCCAUGUACCGGGAGCCCUCCUUGCAUGACCUGACAGAGUUCUCGCGCUCCGGCAGCGGCACGCCCACCAAGAGCCGCAGCGCCUCGGCCGUGCUGAACGGCGGCAAGGCCGUGAGUCAGAACGAGUCCACGUAG